AUGCAGACACCUAUAGGCAAGAAGCCUACGUAUAAAUUACCCGUUCAGAUUUUCAAUAAAGGUUACUGCACUGGCUGGGGAGAUCCGCAUUACCUGACUUUUGAUGGACUGUACUACAGCUAUCAAGGGAAUUGUACAUACGUCCUUGUGGAAGAAAUCGAUAAGAAAGUUGACAACUUUGGUGUCUACAUUGAUAACUACCAUUGUGAUGCACGGGAUGUGGUGUCCUGUCCUCGAACACUCAUUGUGAGACAUGAGACUCAGGAAGUGCGCAUGGCAACAGUCGAACCAAAUACUCUACAAGUAGAGGUAUUGGAGAAUGUGACAGUAAACAAACAGAAAGUGUCUUUGCCUUAUAAAAAAUUUGGUGUGAGCAUCUAUGAGUCAGGCAUAAAUCGCGUAGUGGAAAUUCCUGAACUAAAAAUGAACGUGACCUACAAUGGCUUGUCCUUUUCUAUUAGAAUGCCCUACAGCCUGUUUGGCAACAACACUCAUGGACAUGUGUUCGAGCCGUGCCACAACGUUGUCCAGCCUCAAAAGUACUAUGAAGCCUGCUUUUUUGAUAGUUGUAAGGUUCCCAACUUAGACCUGGAAUGCUCAAGUCUGCAGAUCUAUGCUGCCACCUGCGCUGACCAAGGCGUAUGCAUUGACUGGAGAAGUCAUACCAAUGGUCUUUGCUGUAAGUAUUUGAUCGUUUAUCUUGAACUAUUAGGGAAGCUUAUAUGGAACUGUUUCAGCAACAAUGCCCUAAAGUUUGGAGAAGAGUUUAUGUUAGGCUGUCAGGACUGUGUUUGCCUGGAAGGUGAAAAUGGCAUUGUAUGUCAGACUCAUGAAUGUGCCGAACAAAACAAGACCAGUUGUGAUGGAGAAGGCUUCUAUGAGGUCAAUGAAUUCAAUUCUGAAGACUCCUGCUGCCCCAUUGUCACCUGCAAAUGCAAUACAAGCUUGUGCACAGCUAAAGCCCCCAAGUGUACACUGGGAUUUGAAGUCUAUUCUCAUAUUCCCAGUGGUCAGUGCUGUCCUGUGUACCAGUGUGUUGCCAAGGGUGUUUGUGUACAUCAGAAUGCUGAGUUCUUGCCUAAUUCCUCAGUCUUCAUUGAUAAGUGUCAGAAUUGUUUCUGCACUAAUGAAGUUAACGUCAGCACUGAACUGAAUAUCAUCUCCUGUGAACAUGUUCCAUGCGACACAUAUUGUGAGCCACCUGGAGAGUUUCAAAAUGAUCCUGACAACAACUGCACCAUUUAUAGCUGCUUAAAUAUCAGCAACCAGCUUAUCUCUUCCACAUCUGAGAUUACCUGCCCAGCAUUCAAUGAGGAAAGUUGCAAACCUGUGACCCACUCAGUGGAUGAGGGAAAGGCUGUGGAGGUUGUCUACUUGGACUUCAGUAAGGCCUUUGACACCAUAUCCGACAGCAUCCUCCUUGAGAAGCUGUGA